AAGAAAAGUAGUGACAGCAACAGUCGAAUCCAAACAGGUGCGUCGGCAACACGCACCAGGUGACUAAUUAUUCGGUUGUUGUGCCGUCAGCAGUGAGUCACCGCCGCACGGACGCAAUCGGGACGCGUCUGGACACCCCGGGACACUAGCAGCCAUGUACAGUCCGACGCACGUUCAGGUCACAGUUCAAAAAGCCAGGGACUUGCUGAUCAAAGGCAAGAAUGGCACCAACGAUGCCUUCGUCACGAUCGCGCUCGGCAAAGAAAAGUACCAGACUUCGGUGAAGGAAAAGGCGGUCGGCGCCGUCGAAUGGCACGAGGAAUGCGAACUCCAAAUCCCGGAGCAAGGCAACACUGCCGAGGUGACGCUGACAGUGCUGCACAGGAGUUUUAUGAGCGUCGACGAGUUUCUCGGCAUGGUGACCAUCCCACUGGCUGACUUUGACGUCUACGAGAGACCACGCAACAGAUGGUUCACCCUGACGAGCAAGCCUGGGCAUCAGAAAAGCAAGCCGAGGGGAGAACUCGAGGUCAAAAUCGGCUUCACCGUGAAGGCAGGAAGCAUGACAGACCUGAGGAAGAAGGAGAAACACAAGUCUUCACUUGGACAGCUCGGACACAUGGCUCAAUCAGUGGGGGGCAGUUUGCUGAGUAUUGGAAGCUCAGGGAAGAGGAAAGGUUUGAAGAACUUUGCCAAAACAAUAGGAGACAAAGUAUCAAAGAAGAAUAAAAGCCGCAGUGACUCCUUCAAAGAGGAGGGAAGUUUGGACAACAACAGAAGUUUUGACUCUCCCUCUUUCCAAAGAAUGACGGGAAGGAACACCGCAGCUGGACAGACCAGAGGUGAAGCUGAUCCUGGUGUCAUCAGUGAAGACGAAGAUGAAUUUGCGUUUGACGAGCUUUCCCACAAGAGUUCGGCCAGUUCCCUAAGCACAAGCAACGCCGUGCCUUCCUCCUACUCCAACACGUCCACGCUGCCAGUCGCCAGCUCCCUGGAGAACCUGGCAGGAGGCGAAUUCCUGAGACAGACCCUAGAAACCCCAGCAGUCGUGGCGCCUGCAAAACCCCCGAGGAAUGUGUCUGAGAAGACCCCUGCUGAUGAGUGGGAUGAAAAGAUCUUCGGUCGAAAAGACAACCUUUCUUUUGGCUCUGGCUCGCUAAAGCGGCGCUCUUGGAAAGAUGAGCUGAGCAGCAAGUCGGUGGACGAGCCUGAGAAGAAACCGCAGCAGGAGGAGAAAAAGUCUCCAUCUCCGAAGAAAUCGUUGGCGCCGCAGCCAAUCGAGAGGGUCGCGUCCAAGAGCAGCUUUAAGGAUGUGAUCAUCGAGACUGAGAAGGAGGAGAAAGAGGCGAAAAAUGAGGAGAAGGCAAAGAAGGAGAUCAACAACAAGGAUCAUAACAAAGAGAAGGACCACAAUAUUUUCACAAGGAAGCUGAAGGGUUUCGGAAAGAAAGAGUCCGACCUGGCGCCUACGAAACCAACAGUCGUGUCUCUAAUCAACGCCAACGCACCUUACGAGAGAAUCAUCAUUGGUGGAGAAAGUGAAAAGCCAAAUCCGAGAAUGGUCGCCACGCGUCUACCCCAAGAGGUGAUGGACAAAUUUAAAGACAAGUCCAGAGAGGAGUUGGUGGAGCUGGUGUGCAACCUGCAGUGUGCUGUGGAGCUGCAGCAGAAGCGCAUCAAAGACAUGGAGGACUACCUAGACGACCUGCUGCUCAGGGUGAUGGAAACUACGCCGCGCAUCCUGCAAAAUCCGUACGUCAAACAGAAAAGUGUUAGCUCGUCAGGGUGAUCGACGGACAGCAGCCAAAACCUUGCUGAUGCCAAAAGUCAAUCUUCAUCACAAUAAUUAAGACUCAAUGAUAGUGUCUUUGCAGCCGACUUAAGGAAUUUUUCUAUUAGAUUUUAAUUGUGAGAGAAUGUCAGAGCUAAGUAACGAGAACUGUACAGUCUGAUUAAUCAAAUGCCUGUUAAUUAGUGGACCAUUCCAAAUAUAUCUUAACUGUAAACCCUCCAAAUUGUGAUCCCUUCCUUGUGUGCUCACACAAAAUGCAUUAUGUAAUUAAUUCCACGAUUCUUGUGGCGUAAAAUGAGUAAUGAAAUAUUAUAUUCUUGACAAUCGCUGUUUUUACAUGAUGUAUGAUAAUUAUUAUAAAAUAAAAUGUUAUUUUUAAAACUGGAAA